AGAAUGCUUUAAUACCCACCAUGGCUGAGCUAAUCCAGAAGAAGCUACACUGAGAAGUGGAGAAAUAUCAACAGCUGCAGAAGGACUCGAGUAAAUCCAUGUCAGGGAGGCAGAAGCUAGAGGUAAGACUAACAGAAAAUAGUAUCAUGAAGGAGGAACUGGCUCUGCUGGAUGGGUCCAACGUGGUGUUUAAACUUCUGGGGUCCGUACUGGUCAAACAGGAGCUGGGGGAAGCUCGGGCCACAGUGGGUAAAAGGCUGGACUACAUCACAGCUGAGAUUAAGCGAUAUGAAUCCCAGUUCCGGGAUCUAGGGCAGCAGUCAGAACAACAGAGGCAGACCUUUGCUCAGCUGAGCAGGAGUUUCAGACUGCCCAGGCAGCAAAGGCAGGGCUCCUGGGAAGGCCUGACACUGUCCUGGGGGGUGGGGGAGGGGGAGGAAUGAGGCAGCUCUAGGGUCUAUACUGUAGCUAAUAAAAUGUAAAAAUAC